AUGUGGAUAUGCCUCAUCAAACUUCGACUUCCGGAAAAUGUCAACGAGGACAUCCAGGAAGAUCCAACGGCUCUGCGCUCGCUAUGGGAUCGUGGUCUGCUAAAUGGUGCCUCCCAAAAGGUGGAUCAGGUGGCAGUUUUCUAUACGGGAGACUUGGUGACGUCACUACAGAAGACUUCAUUGGUUCCUGGAGCGAAUGAAUGUGUGAUUUACACAACAAUUGGUGGAGCAAUUGGGAUACUGGUGCCAUUUAUCUCAAAAGAUGUGAGUAUU